ACUUUCUUUUUGUGUACAGCGAACACGAGAGAUAAACAGAUCAAUCCAACAUAUGAGUGGUCCCAACAAUUUGUCUUUCCCCUUACAGAUUCCUUCUGUUGCACUGGCCUAUGAGAAAGCGGAGAGUGACAUCAUGAAGAGGAAACCGAGGCACAAAAAAAGAGACCGAUUGGUCAACCAGGAGCUUGUAGUCUACUCCUACUUGCACAUCGGCAUGCUCCAAAGCAUCGGGGCCCUUUUGACCUAUUUCACUGUUUAUGCUGAGCAAGGCUGGCUUCCUUACUCUCUUCUUCGUAUCCGAAUUCCAUGGGAACAGGAAUAUUUGGCUGACUUGCCCGACAGCUAUGGACAAGAAUGGACCUUUGAGCAACGGAAACAGUUGCAGUUCAACGGCUACACGGCCUUUUUCGUCAGCAUCACCAUUCAGCAAGUGGCGGAUUUAAUUAUCAGGAAGACCAGAAGGAACUCCCUUUUCCAACAAGGACUUUUCAG